AUGAAGGUAUUUGACUUAGAAUCUCAGUUACAUUUUUAUUUCAGAUAUCACAAGAAUACAACAAAUGUAAAUAUUCAUAGGAUUUGUGUGCCACUUAUCCUCUGGUCCACAUUUGCUAUCUUAGCCAAGUUAUCUACGACAUACGCGAUAAUUUUAGCUGCGAUUUAUCAAACAUAUUACUUUAUAUUAUCGAUAUCAAUCGGUUUCACUUAUCUACCUAUCAUGACACUCAUGCUCCUUAGUCGCAAUUACAUCACUUCAGUAUACACACUAAUUUUCAUACACAUAAUCAGCUGGAUCGCUCAAUUCUAUGGACACGCUAAACAUGAGAAACGCGCGCCCGCUUUAUUAGAUAACGUCGCUGGUGCCGUCUUUUUAGCACCUCUAUUCGUUCACAUAGAGAACUUAUUCAGUUUGGGUUAUUACAAUAAUUUACAACGUAAUCUACACAAUAGAAUUGACUAAAUGCGUCUCUUCUCUACUUCUUGUACUAACUCUGUAAAGUUUUCCAUUAUUCCAGUAGCUAAAAUAUCUUGAUACGUCUGAUAAUUGAUUAGCUUUGUUAAGAUAGAAAGCAUUUGCUAACCUUCACCGCACUCAGUUUGCCAUUCAUGAACAUAUUCUCACCAGCGACUUGUUCGAUGAAGUCUUUCGUAUAUACACCUGGAUUUUUCCCUUGAUCUACUUGGCUGGUGUAGUUGUUAGUAUUCUAGAAUAUCUGCAAUACCAAGUUACUCAC